ACUCGGCUGCCCUGGCGGCUGGAAGAGAGGCCUCGAGGCCAGCCCCGCGGCGCGCAGAGCUCGCGAGACUCGCGGGCCUCGGACGGGGCAGCGGCGCUCACCUGUUGGGGCCGGGCGGCGCCGUCCGAGGCGUCUCUGUGCGGGCUCGGCCCCGGCUUUGUGGGACGCGGGCCGGGCUUGUUGGCUUCAGGCUUUAAGCACAACAUGGAUGAAGCUCAGCCGCGCCCCCAGCCUGAAAAGGAAGUUGGCUUUGGGAAAGUGAAGGAGGAGGAGGCCACAUGGGAGCAGACACGCAGCGCCCAGGAGACCGGCACCCAUACUCCGGAGCUUUGCCGCCUGUGUUUCCGACAGUUCUGCUAUCAGGAGGUAGCCGGGCCCCGUGAGGCUCUGGCCCAACUUCGACAGCUUUGCCAUCGCUGGCUGCGGCCAGACACCCACACCAAGGAGCAGAUCCUGGAGCUGCUGGUGCUGGAGCAGUUCCUCACCAUCCUGCCCGGGGAGCUGCAGGCCCGGGUGCCCGCUUACCCGAUGCAGAGUGGGGACGAGGUGGUGACUGUGCUGGAGAAUCUCGAGGUGCCAGACACGGGAGACACAAAACAGCAGGUCUCUAACUGUAACCAGGAACAGGUGAUGCACCUAGUGGUGAACAAAUAUCAAGGAGCCUCUUUGGCAAAUCAGAACCUCCAACUCCUGCCUAGGGUGACCACCCUGAAGUGUGAACCCCCAGAGCUUCCUGAGGAAAAGCCCCACGUAGUGAGUGGGCCUGCCAGCCUGGGACCAGCCCCUCUUCAGGAAGAAAACCUUACAGACUGGGCUGUAGGGGCGGAGUUGAACUCGGCCAGGUGCCAGAUCCUGAAAAUGGAGACAGCAUCACACACUGAAUCAAGCUCUGGGAGUCCAUGUCCAACACAUUUGUGUGGGCGAAUGCGAGCCACAUCAUCGACAUCAUCAAGAAAUUCAGUUAUUCGAUGUAAUAAUCCACCUAAAUAUGAUCGUAUCAGUCAUGAUAAAAAAAGCAUUUUAAUCAAAUGUUAUGAAGAUGGUAGAACAGUGAACGAAUCAGCUAAAAUCUCUGGCAUUAAUAAAAAUACUGCAAAAUCCAUCAUUAAGCGAUAUAACAAGAAUGGUGGUGUUUUAAUAGAAAAAAAACGAGGUGGCAAGAGGAAUAUCAAAUUAAAUGCUUCAAUAUUAAACAGAAUUGGCCAAAUAAUUGAAGAAAAUCCACGCAUAACUUUAAAGGGAAUUCGUGACAAGAUUAUUGAAUCUGAACAUACCGAAUUAAGCACAAGUUCUAUUAGAAAUGGACUGAAACGGUUACAAGGCUGUGAGGGUUGUCGCCAGACCUGGUGGGUCCAAGGGUCCCGAGUAGGGGUCCUCACUGGUGCCCGGGUGUACGACCCAUGCCACAUGGUAUUUGCACACUGGGGAUUCUUGUGUCGCACCCACAGACAAGGCUUGAAAACAGCAGCCAUUGCCUUUGUGCUCUGCCUGGACACAAGGCGCUUCUACAGACACAGCCCCCAGCCAGCGCACAGCCCUGGACGGCCGGGUCCCAGGAUGGCGAGAGACCCCCAGGAGGGCACCGCGCUGGGCGCCCGAUCCGCAGACGAUGGCACGGGCAUCCUGCGCGUGAAGGUGGAGCCGGAGGAGGGCUCGGGCCUGGAGGCGGCCAUCGCGCCCCGCUGCCCCGGGCCCGGCCCCGAGCACUGCCGCCGGCGCUUCCGAGCCUUCCGCUACCCCGACGCCCGGGGGCCCCGCCAGGCGCUGGGGCGGCUCCGCGAGCUCUGCCGGCGCUGGCUGCGCCCCGACGUGCACAGCAAGGAGCAGAUGCUGGAGCUGCUGGUGCUGGAGCAGUUCCUCGCCAUCCUGCCCGCCGAGCUGCAGGCCUGGGUGCGGGCGCGGCAGCCGGCCAGCGGGGAGGACGCGGUGCGGCUGCUGGAGGCCCUGGAGGGGCAGCUGGACGCGCCGAGGCCGCAGGGGCUGAAAGUGGAAGCCGUGGCCUGGACCCUCUCCCCUGGACAGAGGCAGCAGGAGCCGUCUCAGGUGGACGCCCAAGAGGAGAGACAGAAGCACGGCAGUCUCGCCUCCCCAGGUGGCGUGACGCUGGCCGAGGUCAGAGACGUGGCCCUGGAGGAGGAAGUUCCAGAGCCGGAGGAUGCGCGGGCAGCGGGCCAGGGUGCUCCCUGCACGGAGGCCGGGGAGCCAGGGCGCGGGCUCCAGAGGGGGCAGAGAAACGCCCCAGGGAGCAGGAGGCACUGCUGUCGCGAGUGCGGGAAGAGUUUCGCCCAGAGCUCAGGCCUGAGCAAGCACCGGAGGAUCCACUCGGGGGAGAAGCCGUUCGAGUGCGAGCACUGCGGGAAAGCGUUCGUGGGCAGCUCGGCCCUCAUCAUCCACCAGCGCGUGCACACGGGGGAGAGGCCGUACGAGUGCGGGGCGUGCGGCAAGGCCUUCGGCCACAGCUCCGACCUCAUCAAGCACCAGCGGACCCACACGGGUGAGCGGCCCUACGCGUGCAGCAGCUGCGGGAAGACGUUCAGCCAGAGCUGCAGCCUGCUGGAGCAUCACCGCAUCCACACCGGGGAGAGGCCGUACGGCUGCGGCGCGUGCGGGAAAACCUUCCGGCGCAACUCCCAUCUCCUCCGGCACCAGCGCGUCCACGGGCAGAGAAACGCCCAGAAGCCCAAGCCCGGCGAGGCAGGGCAGAGCCAGGGGACGAGGGAAAGCCCGUGGGGAACCACCCUGGAGGCGCCCGUGACCUACAAGUGUAGUGUCUGUGGGAGAAGCUUCAGGCAGGACAGCAGCCUCCGGGAGCACCAGAAAAUCCACACGGGCGAGAAGCCCCAUCAGUGCGGGGCCUGCGGCGAGGCCUUCACCCGGACCUCGUACCUCGUCCAGCACCAGAGAAGCCAUGGCAGAAGGAAUAUUCUCGCAGUGACUCCCGUCUCACCUGUGGAAGUGGGCGCUAGUUCCUCACUGAAUGGAAGCCCCCCUGGAGCCCUUGCCGACGCGGAAACCCUGCCCGGGGUCUAAUUCACCACUGUCCAUCCCCUGCUGUCUGUUCCCAGUAGAGUCUGGGUGAGCCGAAUUACCUGUCACCUGCAAGAAGGUGACUCCUGGGGAAGCGGCUCACGGAGAGGAGGCUUGUGGGGGCUGCAUGGAAGAGACAGGGUCCGACCCACUGGGGUGCCCGCGCUUCCACACUGGCCAGUCCCCUCAGCCAGCGCCUGCUGAUGUCUCCUGGGCGCCAGACCCUGAGCUGGCCCUGCAGCCCUCCCCGUUUUGCUGAUGCUGAGCCCUCUGCACUCGGUCAGCUUCACCAUGUUCUAUUUUUACCGCCUUCCCCGUGCCUUGCACACAGCUGCUAACAAAUAUUUCUUAAAUCUA